AUGGAUGAGUUGCCGAUCUCUGUGAGGAUGGGAGAGGAAAGUGAAGGGUCAGGUGAAAGGAAAGUCGCAAUCACUCUCAUACCUAAUCUGGUAUCAAUGAUAAUGUCAUUAAGGUGUAAACCACGUGAGUACUGGGAUGAAAUUCAUCACUUUCAUGACGGACUGAUGGAGAAAUACAUGAAGGAUAACAACGGUCAACCCGCGAACAGAAUCAAUGGAAUCAUUUCAGGAUUGUUUUUCUCGGCUCGUGUCUAUGCUGACGGAUCGUUGCCUACUCAGUCCCCUUUCGGCAACGUUCGCAUGUUGGUACCUCCAGGUGCCUUGCUAGAUCCGACCAUCAAUAAUUUCUACUUCGCUGAUUUCUAUUGCAAUUAUUACACUCAUUACGUAACUGUAGUGAUUUUUAUCAAUUCUCGAAAAAAUUUGGAUGUGACCGUCCCUCGACAUCCACAUUAUGCUCCCACCUACUGUGUGAACAGUGGUGUGUGGGUAGAGAUUUAUUAUACUGAAGACAUCCCGUUAUGGUUGGGCCGAUUCGACAGUAUUCAAACUACAGGUGCUGGAACUUCAAAAAUUGGAGGCCUUCCCAACAAUAAGCAUUGUGAGCGCUGUAAUCUUUAUCCAAUACCGUAUCCAGAUGAAUUAAACGCAGAGAAUAAGGAAUCUAAUGAAGACGAUCUUGAUGUGGCUGACAUCACAGUGGCAGAAGAUCCUUUGAACUCUACUUUCCGUGUCCUUAUCAAUCAGGUAUACGCACAGCUUGAUAAUGCUUAA